GUGGUAUCGAACACGCUGACGGCUUGUACAUGAUGACCAGCAUGCCGAUGGAUGUGGAGCAUCGGGCAAUCACUGUGGAAGAGGUGAUGCGGGCCAACUUUCCACACGGCUGGCCCAACUCGGAUGCCGUCAUUCUGCAACUGGACGGCAGCCGGGAGGGCGCUGCGAUCGAUUGGACGCAGCUACUGGCUCACUCUGGAAAAGAG